CUUAAGUUAAAAGACAAAGGUUAAACUGAUGGCUCGGAUAGAUGAGGCUGCAGCAAAGCAAGCGGAGAGAGCUCGGAAUACCGUAUGCCAAGAGGGGCAUGAAGACUGGUAACCAACAACGGCGCGGGAUACUUCGAUGUUGGAUAUAAGGAAGAAUACGGAGGUCUGCUAUGAUACAAAACUACGUUCUUCACAGUGAUAGCUGCAAAAGAAAUAGACACAUCUUCAGCAAGUGAUUAAAUCUGAGCUCUAGACAGAAUGGGUGAGUGUCAGACCUACGUGAAGCUCAGUGAAGAGAAACUUAUACCAAAGUCUGCCAUCUUGUCACUGCUUAGGACCUACAACUGUUACCACGAAGGGAAAAACUUCCAGCUGAGGACUCGCGAGGAGGAUGGCGAGCUAAUCCUUGAGGGUUUGCUGAACAUCUACUGGGGUCUGCGCCGACCAAUCAGACUUCAGAUGUACGACGACAAUGAAAGAUUUCGUCUCAACCGAAACGAUAGAUCGGGUUUGGCAAAGCAGCUCUCAGCGGAGUCUAACAAUAACUCACCGGGCACAGAGAGUGGACCAGCUAGUGGUCACAUGUGUGGUCAGGAGGAGGAGGAUUCUCCUCAGCUGCUGAGGACUAGGAGUGACGCCUCCUUCAUGCGGGUUCAGAGGAGGUCAAAGACACACACUGCCAAAGAUUUGCAGCGCUUGCGAACACACCGGUUCUCAAUCAACGGACACUUUUACAACCACAAGACAUCUGUAUUUACUCCAGCCUUUGGAUCGGUCACUAACGUACGAGUGAACAGCUCCAUGACGACUGGACAAGUCCUCAACCUGCUGCUGCACAAGUUCAGAGUGGAGAAUAAAUCUGAAGAGUUUGUCCUUUAUAUGGUGCACGAAUCUGGAGGUAAUUUGCCAUUACUCGCUACGAUUACCCAACUUACCAACUUAUUCAUUGGGGUUUUGUCAGUAGAAAUGUUGUGUUGUGUGUGUUUGUUAUCACUUGUUGUAUUUGUCUACAUCGUUGUAGAAAGGACCCGACUGAGGGAUGGUGAAUACCCACUGGUGGCUCGUGUGCUUUAUGGUCCCUGUGAGAAGAUCUCCAAAAUCUUGAUCACAGAGGCAGACCUGGGAGAGGAAGUUACAUAUGAUGUUGCCCAAUACAUAAAGUUUGAAAUUCCUGUUUUAGACAGCUUUGUAGUGAAACUUAAAGAGGAAGAGGAACGUGAGAUAAACAAGCUGACCAAAAAGUACAGCGCUCUGAAGUCUAUGAUCCAACAUCAGCUCGAAGGCAGAGCUCACACCAGUGACAGAAUAUGAGUGUUUUUGUAUGCACUGAUGUAACCUGUGUGUGUGUGUGUGUGAGGGGGGUUCAACACUAAUGAUUGUUGAUUUACUGUGGGAUCAUUUGCCACAACUGUAGUAAAUGUUAGAGGUAAAGGUAAAAGGGUAAAAGUCAAGGCUGUAAUAGAACCAUAUCAUACACCAAUGUGCUUCUACUCUUAGAAUCAUUUGUAUGAUCUGUUAAAGUUACUGUAUUACUUUGAAUUGUAUCACUGCUGUGAUAUACCUACUGUUAAUAUAUUUGCAUUUUGUACGAAGAUUCUUACUGCAAAGUUGAAUAUUGAUACAAGCUGUUUUUUGGUAAUGUACUCUCUGACUUGGACCUUUUUAUGUAAUAAAUCUGUUUUAGAGUGGCCUUUAUAAAUGCUGUUGGAUCUCUGCUGAAACCAAACAUAAUACCCAGCUCGGACUUCCCACAAAGAAAUCAGCCAUCUUUAUUAUUUCCUGUACUUCCACGGUGACUGGAGCACAGAUUAGCAUUGUUCUUCUGCGUGACCCUAUUUGCCAGCUAGUUCCCAUGAGCUUUGUGUGUGUGUGUGUGUGUGUGUGUGUGUGUGUGUGUGUGUGUGUGUGUGUGUGUGCGUGUGUGUUAACCUAUCAACAUUACACAAUAAGGGUAUCCUGAGAAAGAAGGGCUGUUCCGUUUUCCCACAGUUUCACAAACAGCAAAACUGAUGUAAUAUUUUGUGGACCAACCUUGACCAUUAUUGCUACAGUAUUUGAUUAAUCAAAUAACCAUUUGAGACCAGAGGGGUUUAUUAAUAUUUGUGACUGCGCUGGGAACUUGUGCAGCAAAUAUUUCAGACUUAAAUAGCUAGGCAAGAAGUCUGAAUUGCUGGUGCAUCGGUCACAGAAACUGCAAAACUACAUACGUACACACUGUAUAUAUUGUGAGCACAGGAGCGCUACAGGGUUUCUGUCUCAGUCCACGUGCUGCUUUACAUGUAUUUAAAUGACUGUGUUGCAAAAUAUCAGAUUACUAAAUUUGCAGAUGACAACUAGGACAACGCUUGUCACCAUUUAGUGAAUUCCUCAGCAUCCAGAUUCUUUACGCUCUUAACUGGUCCCAGAACACCGACUGCUUGUGGAAAAGGCACAACAAAAGCUGUUUCAAAAAGGUGCCUUAAGAGAUUUGUUAUGUCAACAAGGUCACAUGUUCUGACAGGAGGUGUAAUAUUAGUGCAGUGUGGUAACUUGUCUGUGUUUGACCUGAAGAGACGCAAAGAAAAGCAGGCUAAGCAGGCAUCCAAAUUUAAUAUGGAGCAGUCAGCCAUGCCUGGAGACAACACUCAUACAGCCAAUGUUGUAGUAACACACCACCCUUUUUUCAACAAGGGCAAGUUAGCCACUCAUCAAAUAAUGUUAUUUUUAUUCAAGUCAUGUGUGUUUUUAUGUACUUGUUUAUACUGUAAUGCUAUGUACUAGUGACUGAAAUUUUCAGUGGCAUACUGAUUGAUUAUGAGAAGAAAUUCACAGCAGUUGAGAACGUUGCUUUUGAGAUAUGAACAUAUUUCCCUGACAGAAUUGCACAGGAAG